CGGGAGUGUAUUUUAUUAACGGUGCACGAAUGCAAUGAAACAUUAUUGACGGAGUCUAAACAUUGUUUUCAUAUGGACGGAGUCAAAAUUUAACAAUUUGGAUUCUUGACCACUACAAAUAGUCUUAGGCAAUUAGCUAACCGCUGGAGAUGCUCUAAGAAUGGUUGGUUUCAAUUUUCAGGAGCGCGGGGGUUAUACCUCAGACUUAGGAUUUGUAUAAAGACAAAAGUGCCCCUUAAAAUAAUUACCUAUGAUGUGACAUGGAGAAAAUAAAUAACUUUGCCAACAGAUUUUGGCCGGCUAAAUUACUGGAGGAAUGAGUCUCCCAAAUAUAUAAUAGCAAUACCCAAAAGUGAGACUUUUAAAAGAAGAGGACCAAGAGUGAAACUUAGCGGCAGUUUGGAAUUGAUUUUGCUUCUUCUUUUCUAAAAGCAUAACCAGAAUUGAAAUCAGUUUUUCAGAAGUUAGGAUGUUUUUACUUGGACUGUAAUUUACUGGUCUGGUCUGAUCUUGUCUGGUCUAGUUUGAAAUGGUUUGGUCUGGUUUCUUUGUAUUUUUAUAACUACCCAAGUCUGGUCUGGACUGGUCUGGUCUGGUCGGUCUGGUCUGGUCUGGGGCAAAUUACAGUCCAAGUAAAAACAUCCUUGGUGUUCUCUAGCUUCUAAAAAACUAUUUUAAGGAGCAAUUUAAAGUAUUACUAAAAAUAAUUCUACACUUUCAUCCCAACAUUCCAAUAUCUGCUUUUGCUCUAUGAAAGAGUAGAAGCGGUUUAAAAAGUAGAUCCAAACAACUCCUUAAUAGAUAAUGAUAUGACCAAAAUAUCUUUGAAAAUUCAAACCCGCAUGGGUAGCUCAAUUGCUCGAGUGGUGGGAGAUUUGGAACAAUGAUCAAGGUUCGAAUCCCCAUAACGACCGGAUGGAGAUCACAGAACUUGAAAUAAGGCUGGGCCUCUGGUGUGCAGGGUGUAUGGGCCUACUGACACUUUGCUGAUUGAGUCACCGUGACAUACAUCCUCCCAUGUAACCUUUUUUGAAACAAUCUUUGAAAAUUCAAAAACUCCCAUAGCUUAAGCCAUUAAGGUGUGUUUGGGAUUGUGGUAACUAAAAGUUCAGUAACCAAAGGAACCCUACAGUAGAAGAUUUGAAAACCGCUGCUUUACAGAAUUGCCAAACAAAUCCGAUCACGAGUCUUCCCCCUCGUGGAGCUUCCCCCUCGUCUCACCUGCUUACUCUCCACCCUCCUUUUGCAGAAAGUGCCGCCCAAUCAUCGUUAACGUUGGAUUAACCUCCGCCGAUUCCGACCACCCGUUUGCCGUUACUCCGGCGCUUCCUAGCUGCUAAAACUGCAUUUCAAACUCCCACCUUUAUUUAAUAACACCACCGGAGCCUGUUCGUAUCUAGAAGCAUCCCAUCCCUGUUCGAGGCAUUUGAACUGGUAUCCGGUCAACCAUAUGCAACUGGAGAGUCCUAUACGCCGCCCUUACGCGAUUUCUCCACAGGUUUGAUUUUGCGUGUCAAUUUCUUGACUUUUCUCUCAUAGUUUUGAUUAUGAUGUGCCGGACGGCAAGUAUAAUUAGAUGCAUGUAAACGUAUGCAAUUGUUGUUAGUGUACAGAAGUGGGUCUGAUUGCGCUAUGUUGUUGUCUUUGUAUUUGUGUCCAUGAUUUUACCUGUGAUCAUUUGGAGUUUCAAUUUGAGAUUUUCUACAUAUAAAGUAAACCAGUAAACUGUUUCCGGGACCAAAUUAACCAGAGUAGUAUGCUGAGGAGGUGUACCAAUCAUCCCAGAGCUGAUCCUGAUGAUGUUGUCCUGAUUGACAUUGAAAGCAAUGACCUUACCAAUGUCAUUAUUAUCGAAGACCCUGAGGACUCUGAAGAAGAUAUUCAACAGACAAUCAUUCCAAGUGAAUCCAAAGGGCACCUGCAUAAAAAAGUAAUUUGUUUAACUGAUGAUGAUAGUGAUGUAGACAGCGAUUUCAACUGGAGUAAAGAAAGGUCCUUUCAACCCUCCAACAGGAGGAGGAUGCGAGAUGAAAAUAGAGAUGAUUGUGAGUUUGUUCGAGAAAGCAAAGCUCCAUUGAAGCUAUCAAAAUGCCGAAGAACUUACUCUGGGAGAAGUGCCUCCCCUCAGAAUAGGUAUGGCUUGACCUCUGAUUCAGAGACCAGCUUAUCUGAUUCUGAUAGUGAGUUGAUCGUGGAUUCUUUUGGAAAGCUUCAGGAAGAAUGGGAGAAAGCUUCCUCCAGGAGGAAAUAUCGUAACCACAAUGCUCAGUUUGUUGUUGAUGGGAUUGAAAGUACAUCAAGAGCUGAAUUACAACGUGAUAGAGGGCAUGCUUGUAAUGACAGUUCCAGCUCUUCCAGUUUGAGAAAUGAAGAUAGGCAAAACCCUUAUGGGGUUUCCUCAUUUCAUGAUAAUUCUGCUGAUGAUUUGGAUAUUGAUUUUCAAGAUAAAGUUAAUAACCUAUCAUCUGAUCCUUGUGCAUCAAAAUCUGUGUCAUAUGGUGUCAAAAGCUCCAGUCACAUAAAUUACAGUUCAGUUGGUAAAGGAGAUUGCUUAGAUGAAGAUAAAUGUUCCUCUAGUGGUUUAGAUGGUAAUGAUGCUCACUGUGGCAGCUAUUAUACCACGAAUUACAACUCUCAGUGUACCAAAGAGUCAACUCAUGAAUGCAGUAGCUCUGAGGAGAAGAUUCCAUUUUCUGGAGGGUUUGCAUUUGAAAAUCAUGAGUCGUGCUUUGAACAUAAUAAUAAUGGUCACAUUCUUUUGGUCAACAAAUCAACUCCUAGUCCAGGUGAAACCUCUAGUAGAAAUAUAUCAUGCUGUGAAGGAAUCGGCACUGGAAAAGGGCAUAUCAAAGGAAUUGAUGAAGCCGUUCUUGAGAGUAAUGGUUCUUCGUUGAUUACUGAAAAGGAAAGGCUUAAAGAAACUGACGAAUACAAAAAGGCGCUCGAGGAAGAACUGGCUUCAAGGCAACGGGCAAUACAGAUUCAGGCUGAAGAAGCGCAACAACUGCGACGGUUGGUGAAGAGAAAGAAAGCAGAAAGAAUGCGUUUAUUAGACAUGGAGAGAAGGCAAAAAGAGCGUUUGGAUGAAAUGAGAGAGACACAGAAGAAGGAUGAAGAGAAUAUGAACACAAAGGAUGUGAUUCGCAAUCAAGUUAGAAGAGAACUUAGUAAAAUUGAAGCUACAUGCCAUGACAUGGUGUCUCUGUUGCAGGGCUUGGGCAUUGUAGUUGGUAGCAGCCCUUCCCCACUUUUAAAUGAGGUACGUACAGCCUACAAGAAAGCCUUAUUGACCUUCCACCCCGAUCGGGCUUCAAGAGGAGAUAUUCGUCAGCAGGUUGAAGCUGAAGAGAAAUUUAAGCUUAUCUCCCGCAUGAAGGAAAAAUAUUUGCCAAACCUAUGACGUCAAACCUUGCACAUAUAUGAUUUCAAGCUAUAGAUAUUUUGACUACUAGUGAAAACUUGUACUUGAUAUAAUUUUCAAUCGGUUGCAAGAUAUAAUCAACUACGAGCUCAUUAAAAAAAAAAAAUCAACUACGAGCUCAUUUUAACUAUAUUGUCCAUAUCCGUUUUGAUGCUGGAAUUUGGAAUUAGAGUUAUAAUUCCCAGAGUUGGGAUUAAGUUGGAAAACAAAUUGCUGUAUAAGGUAUUUUGUGGAAGUGCAACUACAUUUUAAUUAUCAACUACUCCUUCCGUCCUGCUAAAAUUGUG